CCGGAACCUUAGAAUCCUGGUAGCCUUUCUAUCAGGACAGAUUAAUACGUUGCACUACCUACUUCCGGCGCUUGUUUGGCUGGCAGUUUAAAAUGGUAGUACGCUGUGUGUAACGCCUACUUUUAAUGCCUAAAUGGCAAGGUUUUUAGACAAGAAAGCUGAGAGGACAACAAAGAGUCCUGCAUAACGCACUAAAGGAUUAGCGACACUGUUUUAGUUGUAAUAUGUUCAAAAAGAUGACUGAAUUUGGUCCAGAUUCCGGGGGGCGCGUUAAGGGAGUGACUAUUGUGAAGCCUAUUGUGUUUGGGAAUGUUGCCCGCUACUUUGGAAAGAAGAGAGAAGAGGAUGGGCACACACACCAGUGGUCUGUGUAUGUGAAGCCUUACAGAAAUGAGGAUAUGUCAGCUUAUGUGAAAAAGAUCCAGUUCAAGCUACAUGAGAGCUAUGGUAACCCUCUGAGAGUGGUCACUAAGCCUCCAUAUGAAAUCACAGAGACAGGCUGGGGGGAGUUUGAGAUCAUCAUCAAGAUCUUCUUCAUCGAUCCCAAUGAGAGACCUGUGACCUUGUACCACCUGUUGAAGCUGUUCCAGUCAGAUUCCAGUGCCAUGCCCAAGAAGACAGUUGUGUCUGAAUUCUACGAUGAAAUGAUCUUUCAGGAUCCAACAGCCAUGAUGCAGCAGCUACUGACCACAUCGAGGCAACUCACCCUGGGAGCCUACAAACAUGAGACGGAGUUCGGUGAACUGGAGCAGAGGACCAAGGAGAAACUGGAAGUGGCAAAGAAGAGAACAAGCCAAGAGAUCGCGGAGCUGAAAGACAAACUCAAAGCCAGCAGAGAGAACAUCAACCACCUUAAGGCAGAGAUUAGAAAACUGGAAGAGGACGGAGACCAUAAAGAGCACUGAAAGAAGGACAAAUAUGCUUAUGGAUGCAAUCAGUUGUUGAAGCAAUUUUCUGUGCUCCUGCCCUCUCCAAGGAUUUAACAAACAAAAAAAAAGUCAGUGUUGUUAUUUGUUUGAGGAUUUUUGCAUUUUAUUUUUGUUGAGCGUCCAAGGGAAUCUUAAACAUGUAAAUAUGUUUUGAGUUGGUAGGAAAGUGCUUUAAAAAUGUAGUCGGCCACAAAAACUCUUCUAAACAUACAAAUGCUCUAGUUUUGUUUUUUUAUUGCAACGCUCUAAAGAGUCAGAAAUCACAAAGUGUUGUGAGCCUUUUUUCUUGUAGCUAAAUCAAGUCUGCUUUUGGUUCUAUGCAUCUGCAUCUUUUUUUUGUUCUCCCCAAACAUGAUCAAACCAGUGAGGGAGAAUGAUGAAACACAAAGCUGUCAUUUCUCUGGUUUGAUUUUGAAGCCAGUCUUGUUCAGUCAUCCUGAUAUAAGGUCACUAUUACUGUGUCAAUUAGGACAAACAUUUUUGCACUAGUCACACACGACUUUCAGUGUGAAUAGCUUGUCCUUUAGUACUAGCUUCCUCGUGUUUUAUGUAAAUAUUUUUAACAAUCGGCUCAUAAACAUUAGGAUACUUUUUUUUCUCAAUAUAAAGAAGGUGACCUGCUGUGAAAAAAAGUAUUUGCCCCCCUCCUGUUUUUUCUUGUUUGUUUGUUUUGCAUAUUUGUUACAUAUUUCUGGUCAUAAUUUAAUUCUAAUAUUAGACAGAAAAAAUCCAAGUAAAUACAAACGGCAGUUUUUAAAUAAAGGAUUUCAUUUAUUAAGGGGGAGAGAUAAGCUCUCCAAUCCUCCUUGGCCCUUUGUGGAGAAAGUAGUUAUACCUAACCCUAAUAACGGAUUGUGCCAACCUUGGCAACAAGGACUGCAACUCAGCAUUUGUGAUAACUGGCGCUGAUCACUGUGGAGGAAUCAUGAUCCACUCUUCUUUGCAGAAUUGUUUUAAUUCAGGCACACUGGUGGGUUUGGAACAUAAGGUCAUCCAAGUAAUAUACCAAAUAAUCUCAACUGGAUUGAAGUCUGGACUUAAACUAGGUCGUUCUUUUUUUUUUUUUUUAAUCAUUCAAAGGUAGACUUGCUGUUAUGUUUUUGGUUCACUGUCCUGCUACAUAACCCAACAGUGUUUCAGCUUCAGGGCACAAAUUGGUUGCCAUUUUUUCCCAGUCUUUUUCUUGUAGUUGAAUUAUGAACUCUGACCUGGCUUCUUUUGUGACAUCCUGGAUCUACUUUUGGGGUAAUUUUGGUGGGUCAGCCACUCCAGGGAAGGUUCACCACUGUUCCAAGUUUUCUCUGUAUGUGGAUUAUGACUCUCACUGUGGUUCACUAGAGUGCCAAAGCCUUAGAAAUGGCUUUGUAACCCUUUUCAGAAUGAUGGAUGUCAAUGACUUUUUGACAUCCAUCAUCCAUCAGAAUCAUCUAUUCUUGAGUUUCUUUAGAUCGGCAUGAUGUGUUUCUUUUUGAGAAUCUUUGCUUUGUCAGACAGUUUUGAGUGUUUAGUAAUUCACCUGGUCUGGCAGUAAUCAGGCAACUGCAACUAGUUUUUCAACAUUGUGGUUAAUUACAUUUUAUUCAUGAUUUAACAAGUAGGACAGUUACUUUUCGACAUAUUCUGUAGGUCUGGAUAGCUUUUCCUUUAAUAAAUCAAUUCAUCAUUUAAAAA